CUGGCCUUCGCCCCGCCCCGUCCGCGCCGUGCGUCCGGCCCACCUGCGGGCCCGCUUCUCUCCGGAGCCCCCACCCAGGCGCAUGGCUCCAUGAAGCAGCAGGAGGAGGCAGAGUGCGAGAAGUCCCGUCCGCCCCGGUUGCGUUUGGGCCAGAAGAAAAGGUACAGGAAGAAGGAAUGGAAUCGAAUGGAAGAAAAUUCAUUCCGGAGACAAAAUAGCUUCCCUCCUCUGUUGUAGCUGUUCCCUGGCAAUAUAAACUUUCUGCUUUCAGGUUCUGCAGCAUUCCAGACCUCAAGCACUGAAUCAGGAUGGGAAAAAGACGUUGUGUUCCUCCACUUGAGCCCAAGUUGGCAGCAGGCUGUUGUGGGGUCAAGAAGCCCAAACUAUCUGGAAGUGGAACACACAGUCACGGGAACCAGUCCACAACUGUGCCCGGCUCUAGUUCAGGACCUCUUCAAAACCACCAGCAUGUGGACAGCAACAAUGGGCGGGAGAAUGUGUCGGACUUAACUCUGGGGCCUGGAAACUCUCCCAUUACACGAAUGAAUCCCGCAUCGGGAGCACUGAGCCCUCUACCCCGGCCCAACGGAACUGCCAACACCACCAAGAACCUGGUGGUGACUGCGGAGAUGUGCUGCUACUGCUUUGACGUGCUCUACUGUCACCUCUAUGGCUUCCCACAGCCACGACUUCCUAGAUUCACCAAUGACCCCUAUCCGCUCUUUGUGACAUGGAAGACAGGGCGGGACAAGCGGCUUCGUGGCUGCAUUGGGACCUUCUCAGCCAUGAAUCUUCACUCAGGACUCAGGGAAUACACGUUAACCAGUGCACUUAAGGACAGCCGAUUUCCCCCCCUGACCCGAGAGGAGCUGCCUAAACUUUUCUGCUCUGUCUCCCUCCUUACUAACUUUGAGGAUGCCACUGAUUACCUGGACUGGGAGGUAGGGGUCCACGGAAUUCGAAUUGAAUUCAUCAAUGAAAAAGGCAUCAAACGUACAGCCACAUACUUACCUGAGGUUGCUAAGGAACAAGACUGGGAUCAGAUCCAGACCAUAGACUCCUUGCUCAGGAAAGGUGGCUUUAAGGCUCCAAUUACCAGUGAAUUCAGAAAAACGAUCAAACUCACCAGGUACAGAAGUGAGAAGGUGACAAUCAGUUACGCAGAGUAUAUUGCUUCUCGUCAACACUGUUUCCAGAAUGGCACUCUUCAUGCCCCGCCCCUCUACAAUCAUUACUCCUGACACACGGCUGCAUGACCAGUCCCACCCCCCUGUGGCCGCCAAUGGCUAUGACAUCAUCGGAGCAGAUGCCUCCUCUUCCUGGUCCAGUUACUUCUAUUACUGCACCAUUUUAUGAUGCUAGCUUCCGUUGCCAAGUCUGCCCCCUGCUGACUGAGGGGGUGGCGGGGUUACAGUGAAUGAAACAGAACUCGAGGGGCCCAAGCCUUAUCUCAGCCUUUCCUCAAUAUGGGGUUCAGUUGGAUUGGGGCUCCUCCAUGCUUAAUAAGAAUUACUAUGUGGGUUCAGAAGACCAUUGGCAUGCAAGUGCCACUGGUGAUUUGCUGCAUGUGUGUUGGCCACACAGUGGAAGCUGGAAUUAAACAUCCAUGAAGGCUUACCCCACACACGCCCCUACAGCCUCCCCAGAUCAAGUAGGUAUGUUCCCCUGGCAGUCUGGGCAACGGAGACCAACAAAAAACAUUUUUAGGUUGUUUUAAAUUCCUUUUUUUAAACUUCCAGUUUAUUGCAUACCAAGAGUUGAUCACAACCUCCAUGCUUCAUAACCAGACGCCAUGUUAGGGUUGAGUGUGGGCACCAUGAGUCUUUUGAGGCUCCUGGACAGAGACCCUCAUCAAGAUCGGAAGCCCUUUGGAUGGCGUUGCAGAUCUCAUCAUUGCUCAAUAAGCCUUGAAGGUUUUAAAUCUCAUCCUACUAUCAGUUGGAUUUUCUGACAUCCUUCCUGCAUUGAGUCUCCUGGUAUUAAACAGAGCGCUGUGGUGUAGCCUGCUGAGGAAUGGAGAUGCCCACAGGAGAGCCUGAUGUCAUCGCUGCACACAUGUGAAAGGAGAGAUCUCUUCCUUACCACCAGGCUACCUCACUCCUCUACUGGUAGCAGUGCCUAUAGCUGGACCUAGGUUCUCAGAAAGCAUAGAUGUUCAGACAAGCAGCUUGGUUGGUGUUUUAUAAGGACACAUUGUCCUAGGAGAGAAUCCAGGGUCUCCAAGCUGUUUUUCUUCCAGGCAAGCAUUCCAAAGGACCCUUAACAGGGGAGUUCCUCCAGGACUGUAGAACAAAACUGUGUAACUAAACAAGGUGAAUCUUUAUCUUGCCUAAUACGCUGGGAGUCUUCACCCCACCAGGGGAAAUUCCUAAGUAACUCAUUUUAUUCAAGAUCAUUCAAACUUUCACGUGACAUAACUUCCCUUUCCCGUUGUUGCUGAUUUCCAAAUAUCUGUCAGCAAGUGUCUCUCCUUCCUCUUGCCUGUUCUUCACUCAUUUGGUGGCAUAGUUCAUAGAACUAGGGGACUUGGAAGAUGCUUUGGAAAUGUCAUAACAGAGGCACUGCUCACAUGAUUCACAGGAAGAGGUGGCCAGUUGGAAGAAGGGAUCCUAAGGAUGUUAACACUGGUUUUCAACAACACGCUUAGAGAACUCAUGAAGUGGAUUGGGUGUCAACCCAGUGAACACAUACUGUUUUGAUUUAGUAUAUUAAAGUUUAUGUGGUGAUAGUGUGGCUUUCCGAAAUGGGCAAGUAAGUCAAGAGCUCUUUCGAGUUUUCUUCUGCCGGGAAUCGGGGAGGGGGAGCAGGGGCACAGUGUAAGAAAUGACAUCAUGCUAUUUUGGGCAUCACUGUCUUGUUUCUUGGGAAAAAAUGAAAAACCGGUGAGUGGGUUUGCUUGUCACCAUCCUCUGCUGUUUGUGGAUGUGGAAAGGGCAGGGGAACUGUGGGGCCGGCAUCAGGACACCCAUGCCGUGUCACGUCUUAACUGUGCUGGGCUCCCGCUUGCCACUGUUCCCUUGCAGUGUUGAUGAAAACCCUUAGAAGAUGAGGGGAUCACUUAAUGAUUUCCUGCUGCUGAGAAUAAUAAAUGAGUCUUGUACCAUGGCUUGAUGUAAGGGUGGUCAGCUCUGGACUGAACAUCCACCUCCGAUUUGUUCGACAGUAUUGGUACAUAGGGCUACACUCAUUAAUGUUCAAGUGUUCUACGUUAAAAGUUGUGUUUUAUUUCUAAAGAUUAAAAAAAGCAAAAAAAUUGGUGCUAAACUUACACCCCUGAGCGCGCUCAGUGAGACUGGUCAUGCAAGCAUUUACAGUGCCAUGCUUUUCACGCCUGUUUGUCUGUGUACAUGUCGCCCUAUUUGUCACCCCAGUGUAGAGUUUGUUUUUUAUUUUAUUUUAUCGAGGGUGGGAUAGGAUACCUGCCAUUUAAGAAAAUGAACAGAAAAAAUUAAAAACCCACGAAAUGGGGGGAAAAAUCAGUGCACAAGGAUCAGCUGCUUUAAGCCCAGCACCACACUGCAGGUGGGCUCUGUCUUCUGGAGUGAAGAAGCCUUACUCCCUCCACACUUCCUCAUUCUCCCACACACGUCUAGCAAUGGGAAUGCGCUCGUUCCUCUUGCCUUGCCAAGGGGACUCAGGAGUCGACCAAGGAAAACUCUUUGGCCCUGUAAAUAAUAACACUGUCAAGUGUCAGUCCUGAACAGGGCCUAGUCAGGAAGCGGUCUGCAAGUGUACAGUCAUGGUCACCUCAUGGACAUGCAUGGCAGGUGGCUCUCAGGAAAAAUACCAAGUCUGGAUCAUCCAUGUGGCAGCUUUGCAUAGGGAGAUGACAGCUCUGAACUGGAACUGAACUGCCUUCCAUGUGCUUGACCAAAUCAGUGACGAGGGUGGCCAGAUACAUGGGAUGUGAUUGUAGGUUUAAAGAAAGGGAAUGUUUCCACUUAGUAUUUCCUUUGUCCUUGGGCUGCUCAAGCUGAACAGUAGGUAACCAGUUUUCAAGGAACCAGCCCAACUUUGCUGGCUUGGUUCAGAGUUUGUUUCAUCCCUAGCUGUGAGUGCCUUUUGGUCUGGAAAAUUGGCUUGUCUCAUAAUACCCACAGCUAGGACAUUCUCUGUAAUUAUGAAUUGUCCUCGUUUCACAGUAAGAGAAUGUCUUUGAUCACUAGAGUUCGUCGGCGUUGGAUUGUUUCCACUGUGAGGUUCUUAAACUUUUUCCCUUUCUAAUAUUAAAGCAACUCGUGUUAGAGACCUUUUCAGCAAGAAAGGUUUUGUAGUUGAGAUAUUACAUAUUUUAUUGUUUAUAAUAUCAUCUAUACAAAAGAAGUCCUAGGUGUUAAUAUUUGCACAAGAUCUGUUUUCCAUGUUAACAUCUACAAUUACACUAACUGUUGAUGUUAUUUUCUACCGGAAUUCUGGAACCUAGGGAACUAUGUGUUGUUUGUUUUGUUUUUGUUUCUUUUCACUCUCAUUUCCCUGAAACAAGAGACUUUGUAUGGCCUUCAGUACAAAGACUUCAGACCAAUUCUUUGUAUUACACUUGGUUGCCUCUUGGCUAUAUAACUUCUGAGUGCAAAUCAUUGAACUCUUUAACAAAGUAUUGUAGAGAAUAAAUCAUAAUGGGUAAAAAUU